AGACAUGGAGCCCCAACUCAAGAAACGGAAGAGUAAAGAAGUCUCAAUGCCAGUCAAGGAGGCCAUCAUGGAGCUGAGAAACCACAAAAAAUCCACAAUAAGAGACAUUGCCAAAACACUGGGGGUCUCAAAAUCAACAGUUUUGUACAUUGUUAAGAAGCAGGAGCGCACUGGAGGCCUCAGCAAUAGCAAACGAUCUGGUAGACCCCGAAAGACCACAGUAAUGGAUGACCAAAAGAUGUUUGCCAUUCUGGAAAAAAACCCUAGUUCCACUGUCGAACAGAUCAAGAUCACACUCCAGAAUGUAGGUAUUGAGGUGUCAGAAAGUACCAUAAAGAGAAGACUUCACCAGCAGAAACUUAGAGGGUUCACCUCGGCAUAUAGACCAAUGGUGUGUGAAGAAACAAGUCCAAUGGGGAACACCUUGCCUGUCACCAACUUCCUGGUCUGGUGUGAGGAGAUGGGUUUGGAACUGAGUCCCAAGGUGUAUAUCAGUUCAGAAGGUACUGUGGCACAAUAUGGCAUGAUGGCGCGUGAGGACAUCUUGGUCGGGGAAGUUCUGUUCAGCAUUCCUAGGUCUGCGCUUCUAUCCCAGAAUACAACGAGGGUCCACGAACUGCUGUUGAAAGAGCAGGAGACUCUGGCCAGCCCGUCUGGGUGGGUUCCACUUCUCAUCGCUCUCAUGUAUGAAGCUACGGAUAGCGGCUCCCCUUGGGCACCUUACUUUGGGCUCUGGCCUCUCUUGGAUCCUCCUGACCUGCCCAUGUUUUGGUCCGACGAGGAAAAGACAACACUCCUACAAGGAACUGGAGUGUCUGAAGCUGUGAAGAAAGAUCUGGAGAACAUGGAGCAGGAAUAUGAAUCCAUCGUCUUACCUUUUAUCCAGAGACAUCCGCACUUGUUUAACCCUGAGGAACACUCUCUGGAUUUGUACAAGAGGCUGGUGGCAUUUGUUAUGGCAUACAGCUUUCAGGAGUCGCUGGAAGAGGAAGAGGAGGACUCUGGAAAGGAGGAUAACCCACCCAUGAUGGUGCCUGUGGCUGACCUCCUAAACCAUGUGGCACAGCACAAUGCACACUUGGAGUUCACACCGGAAUAUCUCCGCAUGAUCACCACGCGGCCGGUCCAGGCUGGGCAAGAGCUAUUUAACACCUAUGGGCAGAUGGCAAACUGGCAGCUCUUGCACAUGUACGGCUUCACAGAGCCCCAUCCCCAAAACAGCAACGAUUCGGCAGAUAUUCAGAUGACAACGCUCCGCAAGGCUGCAUUACACGCUGCCACUUCAGAAGAUGACCGUGCCCGGGUGCAGGAGCGCUGGGACUUGCUGUGUGACAUGGAGAUGGUGGGAGAGGAAGGGGCCUUUGUGUUUGGCUGUGAGGAGGUCAUGACAGAUGAAGAACUGAGGACCUGCCUGAAGGUGCUCUGUAUGUCUGCUGAAGAGUUUGCGGAAUACAAGGAGAAUGAGGGCUGGGAGGAAGAUGAAGAAGAAGAUGACGACGAACAGACACUGAUGAUGGAAGACUUAUCGAGGCUGCCGGCGCUGUGGCGUCAGCUACUACAUGCCAGCUCCAUCCUCACUUUGAAGGACUUUGCUGCCGACCUGGACAGUGACCACGCCAUGAUCACCAAUGCUGCAACGUACGCUAAGCUGAGCGUCAGGGAGCGCCAUGCUCUCCAGGUGCGAUACGGCCAGAAACGCAUUUUACACAGGAUCUUGGAACUAACAAACUGACUGGCGCACCCAGGAACUGGAAGACUUGUUUAUUUUAGCAUUGUUUAAUUAAAAUGGCCGCCUUUUCUAAGGAAGCAUGUCUGAUAA